AUGGAAGUAGCACUUGACGAAAGGUUCAGCUCCGCACACAGGAUCGACCCAGCCGGAGGAUUUGACCUUGGCAAGCUCCGAGGCAAGACUGCUGUAAUCACAGGCGGAGCAAGCGGAAUUGGAGAAGCCUCUUUGCGUGGUCUCGUUCAAGCUGGGGCCUUUGUCGCGUUUAGUGAUAUCUCCCAGGAGCGUGGCGACGCCCUCGAAAAAGAGCUGGGCUCCGAGAAUGUGGCUUUCGUGCAAGGAGAUGUUACGAACUGGUCUGAUCAGAAACGGCUCUUCAAAACGGCAGUGGAGAAGUCUCCGUCGGGCUGUAUCAAUGUUGUCUUUGCUAACGCCGCGAUUGUCGAGCCCACGGAGCCCGACAUGGAUGUUGCGGACAUUGGAUUUCGGGGUGUUCUUUUGACAACGAAACCACUGCCUUGUCAUCACCGCCAGUAUCGCUGGCUACUGGGACCAAUGAUCAAAUGGGCGGCUCGUGGGUUGAUGCGAUCUCUGCGGAGCUCCAUGCCCGAGAAUGAGAUGCGAGUCAAUCUGAUGGCCCCAUGGUAUCUGCGGACGAACUUGAUUAGCCAGAACGCUUGGGAUCAUCUGGAAGACAACCGCGGUAUCAUACUAGCUGAGAAAGAAGACGCUGCAAAGGCGGUGUUGCAUCUUGCUUCUGAUGAGACUAUUCACGGUCGCAGCAUUAUGAUCAUCCCCCGUAAGGAAGCCGCUGAAGAAUACGUGGACAUGGACAGAGAUAGUCACGACUUGGAAGUGUUGGGACGGGAGAGGUUCUCUGAAAAGUAG